AUGGACUCCCACUCCAACACGUCGCCCGUGGCCAGCAACGAGCCACUGCAAAAACCGACUGAACAAUCUCCUGGUCCCAAUGUCAAGGAGCACUCUCAUAGUCCACACGGCCAAGAUGGAAGGACCACCACGAAACACAGCAACAAGAACAAUGCGUACUUCUGGCCGCAGAUCAACACGCUCGCCACAAAGAACCUCACGAUCCUCAUCUCCCGGCACUUCGUGAGCACCUUCUACGCGGCGCUCAUGCUGCCAAUUCUCAUGUCCAUCUACCUGGGCAUCGGCCAGAACCUCCAGGGCAGCGGCAACACAUACGGCUUCACAAACUCAGACCCGUCCACUCUUCCCGCAGCUCGGUCCUUCACGGACGGGCUGGACCUGGCUGCCAACAAGGCCGGCAGGAACAACGUGGUGUUCUGCAACUCUGGGCUUGCGGGAGGGGACAUUGACCGGGUCAUCGACGCCCUCGAGGCGCAGGUGCAGCAGGCGGGCAAGCUCGCGCGCCGGAUCACAAACGCAGCAGAUCUGGGCAAGAUAUGCACAGUCUCUUUCCAGGGCACUACGCCUUGCUACGGAGCGGUCGUGUUCAGCGGCUCUCCCAACGAAGGCAGCGGGUCGUGGAACUACACACUCCGCGGCGACGGCGUGCUGGGUCGGAAGUACGACGCCGACACCAACGACAACGACCCUCAGGUGUACAUCCUGCCAUUCCAAAGAGCCAUCGACUCCGAAAUCGCGCGCCUCGAGAACGGCAGCAGCAGCAGCAGCAGCAGCAGUAUCAAUGACCUGGCACGAAUGCAGGAGUGGCUCUACACAUCGAGCACCGAGCAGGAGCGCCGCGAGCAGGCCAACAGGGACUACGAGAACACGUUUAUCAACUUCAUGGGCGUGGCCAUCCUGGUCGGCUUCUUUGGCAUCUCGUACCACCUGCCCGGGUACAUUGCGACCGAGCGCGAAAAGGGCCUCUCCCAGCUCGUCGACGCCAUGAUGCACACCCGCCACCGCAGCGCCUGGGAGGCGCCCGCGCUGCGCAUGCUCGCGCACCUGCUCAGCUUCGCGGCCGUCUAUUUCCCCGGCUGGGUCGCGGGCUCGCUCGUGCUCAAGUUCAUGAUCUGGAGGCAGACGAGCGUCGGCGUCGUGCUGCCGUACUUUGUCCUCGCGGGCCUGGCCUCGGCGUCGCAGGCGCUCGCCACGGGCUCCCUCUUCCGGCGGGCACAGCUGUCCGGCGUGGUCGGCGGGCUGGGGUAUAUCCUGCUCGGAGUGCUCGUCCAGGCGGUGCCCGACCUGGGCACUGGCGGCGCCGUCGUCUUGGGUCUGCUGUUCCCGUCGUCCAACAUGGUCCUGCAGAUCAAGUACAUGAGCCGGGCCGAGGCUGCCGGCUUUCCCGCAAACCUGCUCCGUCCGCCUCCGGAGAGCGACCACCAGCUUCCUAGUAUUGUCCUCUGGGUCUUCUUGAUUGUCCAGGCGGUCGUGUACCCAUUCGUGGCGGCCGGCCUGGAGCGCAGGAUCCACGGCGCGGCAGCGGACAGUCGUGUCGUCUGGACAGGUCCCAGCUCGGCGACAGCUCGUCCGGAGCACGCAGUCACAGUCGAAGGGCUGACACGGACGUUUUCACCAUCACUCUUUCGACGUAUGUUCUCAUUCAUCUCGGCACCUCGCCCAGCCACCGUCGCCGUCAAUGAUCUGAACCUGUCCAUUCCUCGAGGCCAGAUCGUGGCUCUCCUGGGAGCCAACGGCAGCGGCAAGAGCACGACCCUUGACGCCGUGGCCGGCCUGCAGAGCUUCGCACGGGGCCGCGUCACGAUCGAUGCAUCGGGGGGUGUGGGCGUCGCUCCGCAGAAGAAUGUCCUCUGGGACGAGCUCACGGUCUGGGAGCACGUCCAGCUGUUCAACAAGCUCAAGAAGCCGCAGCACCCGGCAAAGGAGCAGGAGCUCAAGGACCUGCUGAGGGCGGUGGGUCUCUCGACCAAGAGCAAGGCCAAGUCGUCAACACUGUCGGGCGGGCAGAAGCGCAAGCUGCAGCUGGCCAUGAUGCUGACGGGCGACAGCGCCGUCUGCUGCGUCGACGAGGUCUCGUCGGGCAUCGACCCCCUGUCGCGGCGCAAGAUCUGGGACAUCCUCCUCGCCGAGCGCGGGCGGCGCACAAUCAUCCUGACCACGCACUUCCUCGACGAGGCGGACCUGCUGUCCGACAAGAUUGCCAUCAUGAGCAACGGCGUCCUCCGCGCCGAAGGGUCCGCCGUCGAGCUCAAGGCCAACCUCGGGUCCGGCUUCCACAUCCACCUGUCCCGGCCGCGCGAGCACCAGCAGCAGCAGCAGCGCCAGCCGCCGCAGGUCGAGGGCGUUCAGGUCAAGGUCCAGCCCGACAGCGUCGUGUAUGCCGCGCCGACGUCGGAAGCCGCCGCGUGUGUCAUCCGUGCCUUGGAGGCAAAGGGCAUAGCGUACCGCGUGUCCAGCCCGACCAUCGAGGACGUCUUCUUGCACGUGGCCGACGAGUAUGCCAGCGAGUCCGUUCGCGAGACGUCCGAAAAGUCUGGUGGACAGCAACAACAGCCCCUGGAUCUGCUCUCUGGCCGCCCCGUGGGUGGUCUUGAGCAGAUCAAGGUGCUUCUCGGGAAACGCUGGAUCUUGCUCCAGAGCAACUGGAUCCCCUACCUCGUGGCGUUUCUCAUCCCCGUGGUCGCCGCCGCCGUCAUGCAGAGCCUGGUCUCGGGCGACGAGAGGGCUACUUGCACGCCCCAGCAGUUCGACUUGACUCAGAGCCUCCAGAGCCUGAGUGAACAGAUCCAAGACGGCACUGGCAUCAUUGCCGGUCCUCCCAACUCCGCAUUCGCCGACAACUCAACUUGGCUCGCCAGCAAUGGCGUACAAAUCCGCCCCCCCGUCACCAAUGCCACUUCGAUCGACGACCUGCGAAGCCUGCUAGAGAGCGAGCGCAAGACGGUCUGGCCCGGGGGCUUCUGGGCGGCAGAGGCUACGAGCGACUCUGCUUCCCCUCCCACCAUCGCGUACCGCGCCGACACGUCCAACCCGAUGCUGACCGCCGUCAUCGCGCAGAACCUCAUGGACCGGGCGCUGCUCGCGGUGCGCAUCGCCGUCGGCUACGUCGUGUUCGACAUGGGGAUGGGCAACGUGGGCAAGAACCUCCAGCUGGCCAUCUACUUCAGCAUCGUGCUGGGCAUCGCGCCGGCGUUCCUGAGCAUGUACGUCAACCUCGAGCGGCGCAACGGUGUGCGGGGCUUGCAGUAUUCCAGCGGCGUGCGCGUCGUGCCGCAGUGGCUCUCGCACCUGCUCUUCGACUUUGGCGUCAUGGUGCUGCCGGUACUCGCGGCGGCACUCAUCUUCUGCUUCUCGACAGGCACAGGCAGUAGUAGUGUCUUCUGGAUGCCGGGCCUGCUGGUUCCCGUGUUCCUCUUGUACACGGUCGCGGCGAUCCUCAUGGGCUACAUCAUCUCGCUCCGCCUGGGCAGCCAGCUGGCGACGUGGGCGGCCGUGGGCGCCGCCAACGGCAUCGGCCUCGCCGUGUACUUCAUCGCCUUCAUCUUCAUCAUCAGCCUGUCGCCGCCGACCUCGGCGCAGAGCAACGUCAUGGUCGCACACUACGUCAUCUCGAUCGUCUUUCCGCUGGGGUCGCUGAUGCGGGCCAUGCUGGUGUCCCUCAACGUCUUCUUCCAGGCCUGCGACGGGGCCGAGUUUGUGCAGUCCCCAGGGGCGAUGAGGGCCUUUGGCGCACCCAUCUUGUACCUGGUGCUGCAGAGCCUGUUGUACUUUGGCAUCUUGUGGGUGAAUGACAGCCGGGUAGUGCUGGCAGGACUCUUUAGCUCGCUGGCAGCCAAGAAGAGCAACAACAACAACAAAAGGAGCAACGGUCCUGCCGGAGCCCAGACUGACAUAGAGAUGGCUAUUGGCCCCGUGGCCCUCGCCGGACUCGAGGUGAAGCGGCUAACCAAGAACUUUGGCAACCUGCGGGCCGUCAACAACGUCUCGUUCGAGGUCCAGCACGGCGAGGUGUUUGCCCUGCUGGGCCCCAACGGCGCGGGCAAGAGCACCACCAUCUCGAUGAUCCGGGGCGACAUGCUGCCCGGCGACGGCGACGUGCUGGUCGAGCAGCAGUCCAUCAAGACGGACCGGGCCGCCGCCCGCGCCCGGCUGGGCGUGUGCCCGCAGGCCGACGCCCUCGACGCGCUCAUGACGGCCGAGCAGCACCUGCGGCACUACGCCCGGCUGCGCGGCAUCGCCGACGUGGACAAGCAGGUCGGCGCCGUGCUGGCUGCCGUCGGGCUUGCCCCGUUCCGGCACGUCGCGGCGUCGCACCUCUCGGGGGGAAACCGGCGCAAGCUGUCCCUGGGCAUCGCCCUGACGGGCAACCCUGCCGUGCUGCUGCUCGACGAGCCCUCGUCGGGCCUCGACGCCGCCGCCAAGCGCAUCAUGUGGAACACCCUCAAGGCCGUGAGCCCGGGGCGAGCCAUCCUCCUUACCACCCACAGCAUGGAGGAGGCCGACACGCUCGCCCACCGCGCGGGCAUCCUCGCCCGCUCGAUGCUCGCCGUGGGGGACGUCGCGCACCUCCAGCGCCGCUUCGGCGACUCCCUGCACGUCCACCUCGUCAGCCGCUCCGCGCCGCACUCGGGUCCGGAGGAGAUGCGGCGGCUGCGGGAUAGGGUGCUGGAGCUGUUGCCCGGGGCCGAGGUCGAGGACAAGACGUAUCACGGGCAGAUGCGCUUCUCGGUGCCCGCGGCGUCGGUGAUGGGCACAACCGCAAGGCGAGUCCCCACCAACAACAACAACAACAACGAUGACCGCGACGGCGGGGAAGCUGAGCAGAGUGCCUCGACGAGCGCCAUCGGGCAGCUCCUCCUCACCCUGGAGGACAACAGCGAACGGCUGGGCAUCCGGCACUACAGCGUCGCCCCGACGACCCUGAACGACGUGUUCCUCGCCAUCGUGGGCGAGCACCAGGUCAAGGAGGAAGGAUAUCGUGCUGGUGACGACGAUGGUGGUGAGAACGGGAAGAAGAACUGGCGAAAGAUUCUAUUGGGCUUUUAG